UCGCCAAAUAUUCGAGACAUAGCUCAUAAGGGAGUGUUUCGCUCAAAAUUUAUACAAGAAAUCGUUGAAUAUUUGGUCUUGUUUGCCUUUUUUUUAACACUUUGAAACACACCGUUGAACAUCGUACACGAACGAGGGACGUCGCUUAACAGGUAAAUGAAAUUAUGUCGACAGAUUGUGGGGGUAUAGCGAGACUAGUCGAAUUAGAACUUCACUAUUUUCCGAUUUAAUGUGCUUCAGAGAUUAUGUACAAUUGGUAUUAUACAUUUAUCUGUUUCUCUGUUUGUUUGUGUAUGUUUUAACUACAAUUCCACGGCUUUAUGGUCGUAGUUUUAUUUUAAAUACGAGUAAAAACAUGUACAUUGUACAGACAAUCACGUCUGCAUGAUAUUACAGACGGUUUAUAUUUGUAGUACGCUUUAUUAGUCUUCCCUUGUCAGUUGAAAAUUAACGACGUUAACAUGAAGCAUAUGCUCUGUAACAUGUUAGAAAUAGAGUGCUCUUCGUCCGUUUAACUUGUAUGGUAUAAAUCUAUAUCUUCGUGAAUGUUUUCGAAUGAUAAAACUAUCGUUUAGACGAAGCAAUUUCAGGCUAUUAAUGCUGAUUGUUUAGAAAAUUGUGCAGUCCCAAAACACUAAUUAUACUAGACACUCUUUCACGUUUUUGGUUUGGACGUCACAGGCGGAAAUGCGCGCCUUCUCUGAAGAUAAAACUAUGCUUUGAUUUUGAUAUUAAAAGUAUUUUUCGAAUGCCAAAUUUAGCCUCGAAUUAGGUGCGUAAUAUCUCGUAUAUUCGUCAAAUUUCUUGGCAUGUUUAGUCAACAUAUGCGUGCUCAAGUUUGUGGAAUAUUUGUGUUUAAAUAAUUACCAAAAUUGGUUCUUUAGCGUUUAGGAUGUGUUCGAAAUUUUGAUUAUAAGUGCUUUUGAUUAGCAUAUAAACAUUGUUUGGUAUAUGUAACAAUUACUGGGCAAUGUGGCAAUUAUGUUUGGGUUUGUUUGCGUUUUCGAUUUUUAUAUACAAAAUAUUGCAAUAUCUUUUGUUGAAAAGGAAUUUCUUGUUAUAUAUAGCAGGUUUAUAUGUUAAUAUUUAUGAUCUCUAACUGUGUAGUUAUGCUGUGAAAUGUAAAAUGAAAUUAUUUUAACAACUUGUGUGAAGAGUUGUUUGCUAUAUGGAGUCGGGCUGUCCAGAAUCAGACCAGCUUGUAAGACAUCCUGACAAUUGCAAACUUGUGUACACAACAUAGAUUUUCUACUUUCGACGUUUUAAUCAUUCUCACUAUUGAUCUGUACUUUUCCUUGUACUAUUGUACUUUGUACUAAUUAGCUGCUUACACUAAAGCCCAAUUUUUGGUAUGGGAGUGGUACAAUUUCCCUGCUGACAGAGGUCUCUAUUUGUGCAGGAAAGCAAAGGAGAAGAGACCUCUGUCUAGAUCUGACACUUCCUCAGACCAUGAUCGUGGAUGAGUCAAACCAGUUUGUAAAACAAGUUCUGAAACCGGUUUAGGGAAACAAAUAGUAUGCAUGCUCAGAGCUGAAUUACGCUGUAAUGACAUUGAGCCUGUAGUGUCAAAAUGGCGGCUUGCCCAGCAUGGUCAUUUCGAGGUUUUUCAUGUUGUUUGAAAGCGCUCUAAGUUAUGUAAUUGAUAUUUUCAAAGAUGAAACUGUGAAAGCAGUGACAGAAGAACAAAAGAAAGCAAUCUUUUUUGUUUUAAAAAUCGGGCCAAGAUACAUUUGUUUGCCUUCAAACUGUGUACGGUAGGUCUUUGAUUUACUAAGUUGCUGCCGCAAAAAACGGUUUGAUAUCACAUGGUGAACAUCACUCGCUGUCAUGGCAAUUUUUGCACAUGCGCGACAGAAAACGUGUCAGAUCUACCGCAGAGAUCUCUUCUCCUUCGCUACCCUGCACAAAUGGAGACCUCUGCCAGCAGGGAAUGAUACAAUAAGCACCAGCAUCAAAUUUGGUGUCAGGACUGCCAAAUUACAAUGGCUUGCUAUUUCUAUCACUACAAUUUCAAAAAUUUCAUAUAGCAUAAACCAACUUUAUGUUAUCCCAACUUGGUAUAAAUAGUCUGUAGUGUAACAUAUAGUUUCAUUUUCUCGUAAAAGCUUUAAACAGGGUCAAACAUGGCUGCCCUUUCACUGAAGGUGAAUUUAGUGAAACAAAAGACCAUCAAAACUUUACAGGUAUGCCUAGAAAAUGCAACACAGUAUGUAAUAUUUUGUUUAACGAUCCGUAUGUACCAGUGUAGGUAGUGCCAAUGAUACAAGAAAGCUGCAGAUCAAUAGAGAUACAACUACCUGAAAAAUACAAGGAGAUUCAAACUUUGUUGGGAAUUUAGGCGAAGGGGCCUUCACUCAACGUAGAAGUUCUCCUUGUAUUUUUCAGGUAGUUCUAUCCCUAUGAGUGCAUGCCAUGCUUUAUUAUAGUGCACGCAAUUGUGAACUGUAGUUUGACUCUACCAAACACCUCAAGCUAGAUGCAGUCUGCGAAAACCUUGGUUUAGCAAUAAAUAAUAAUAUGAAUGCUGUAUGUUUAGUUUGAACCAACCAUAUUAGUUCAAGAUGCUUUGAGAAUUAUUGACGAGAAAGUACCUCAGGCCACUGAGGGUGAAAGUAAGUUUCCAUAAUAAAGAAAUGGUUUAUAUUGUUGGGAAUAUAUAAUUAGCAUGUAGAUAUUCAGUUUCUAUUGGUGGGUUACAGUCAGUGUUAUGGAGCAGCACAUGAUGGUCAAACUCAGCAGUGUUGACAUGUUUAGGAGCAAGCAAAUGAAACUACAUCUCUCUAUUCUAUUUACUUGCCUCUGAAUACCAGACUACUAUGUCAUAUAACGAAAAGCAUGAACAUUAUUUUUUCACUUGAAUAACUGCAAGUUGACCACCAUAUAUGCUGUAUGAAACCUUGUAACAGCUAAAGGGUUUUUGUAGAUUUAUUAUAUACAAUUUUAUACCUAACCUGAAGUGCCUCAAGCAGCUGUGAAAAAUUCAACUAUAGGCCUCUAGAGUUCAGGAAUCGCCUGCGCCCUGCAUUCUGGUGCAGCUCUGACCACCAGUAUUAUACCAGGCAAGGAAUGACUGUAUAGUUACAUGAAAUCUUAUUUAUCAUUCAGGAACAAACUAUGGCUUAUUCUUGGAAGAAGAGAAUGAACGAGGUCGAUGGUUGGAACCUUCAAGACCACUUAACUUCUAUCCACUUGCUAGUGGGGUAUGUGGCAAUGGUUGAUUCCAGCUAUAGACUCAAUUUUGAUCCAGACAAGAAGGGCAAAAUCUAUCAUUAUAGCUUUAAAGAACAUCCUUAAAGUAGCAGGCUUGGGCGGUUUACCGGUUUUUCGUUUUUUUUCGGUUUUAUUUUCAAACCGUUUUUUUCGGUUUAGCUUUUACAAAAACCGGAAAACCGUCAUUACGUAAUUGUUUACUGUCAUCGCCUGAAACUCGAUCUUAAUUCUCAAAACAUGACACCAAUUAAACUCAAUUACAUGACACUAGAUACAAAUUCUAUUCUUUUUCCAUAAAGUCGGUAAGAACUGAAGAGGUAUAAGUUUUCAAAUGCGUUCUUGACCCUUUUAUUUUAAAACUGAAGUCGUUUUAGGUUACCUUUGCACAAUUUUGCGUUUUGUCAUGUACUGUUCGUUUGCUUAUGACAGAAAAAUACCACAAUUCCUCCUCAUACAGUUGAAAUACAAAUUAAAGGAAAAAAAACGGUUUUUCGGUUUUACCGGUUUAGAAUCAGAUGGUUUUUCGGUUUUGAUUUUAAGCAAAACCGCCCAAGCCUAUAAUAUUACAUUAGAAGAGAUAUUCAUGA